AUGGCUACAACAGACGAGAUCGCUACCACGAAGCGGCAAGAUCAUGCCACACUGCCACCAUUCCCACAAUCCGUUGUCAGAAACUGGACGGCCCGUCCAGUUCAUACAUUUGCAGGAUUCUUAUUGCAUUAUCAUGACAAAGCAUACGCGGUCAAGGGGUGGAAUGAAGCCUAUGCCGAACAGACGAAAGGAUCGUCUGUAGCCCAGCGGGAGGACGGGAAUAACCGUACGCGAUGAAGGGGUCCGUUCCAAAUUCCCCCAAAUGAACCACAAGGUCUUGCAGGUGUCAAUAAUAAGCGUCGUCGUAUAAUCCUACGAAGUCAACGUAGACGAGAGAAAAGGGAAGU